GUAUCACCUCAACACCACGUCCACCUGUUCCACAGCCACGAAAACAUUCAACAUUCCAGCCAUGAGACCCAACACAGAAACCCAACCGUUCCGGUUCUUGGACCUUCCAAAGGAAAUUCGUCUCAUCGUCUACGAGCAGCUGCCGCGGAAAAUCAGGCAUCACCAGGCGCGACACCCCGAUGAGCCAUCCCAUCGCGUGACCUUCAUUGUGAGGUCAGUUCCAGUCGCUAUACUCGCGACGUGCAAGCUGGUUCACGAUGAGGCAAGACCAAUUGUCGCCGCGACGACGGCGGAGUUCAUUCUGGACAACCCACCCAGGAUUAUCGACAGCGUCAGCGGCCGCGGCGAAGGCCGCAUGCUGGACGCGGUCGUGCGAGCUGCUGUGAAGCAGUACGAUGCCCUAGAAGUCUACCGACUCGGGGAAGGUCCGUGCCUAACGCUUCCUCAGCUGUUUGAGGGUCGCUUACGAACCGCCCUCGAGAGCAAGCGAUCCAGCCGCUUUGUCGCCAAAUUCAUCCACCAGGCCGGCCAUCAGUUGAGAUACGGAAACCCAGAGAAUUACAUUCAUGGGCUGCGACCUGUUCACCUUGUAAAGUAUACAUUGGCCGUGUCGGGGCUCGGCCGGCAUUGGGCGCUUGGCGCAGAUCUGCACGCCUUGAACAACCGCCUUUGCGAGCGUGGGGUUGCGGUUGUGUGCGCUGGAGUGCUUACUGCUGGCGUCGCAGAGGCUACAUCCCGAGCGUCUAGCAACGUACUCGUACCACAUCAUGUCGAUUUUGAGUCGUACGGUCUCGGAUGUUAUAUACCUUCCCUAGGUCAGAUGCUGGAAGAGACCUGGGUAACCGGCUGGCUCGAAUGAUGAAUCACCACAGGACCAUCGUUGCGAAAUUUCUAUCCAAGUCUAUCAAUUUCGGCUACCAAGAAUGCGACUUUU